GCCGCUGCUUUGAACAAGCGCCUCGACCUCGGCCUGAGGAAAUUCUUUUCCAAGGAGAAAUGAAGAAGAAAACUGUAUAUACCCUAAAUGUGGGAGAACAGGAGUAUGAAGAUAUGGAAGGUGAAGAAAACAGAAAUGGUACUGCUACCACUGGUCUGUUUUACAGUGAAGCAGAUAGAUGUCCAAUAUGUCUUAAUUGCCUAUUAGAGAAGGAAAUUGGUUUUCCAGAAAGUUGUAAUCAUGUCUUCUGUGUGACCUGUAUUCUUAAAUGGGCAGAGACACUGGCUUCAUGUCCUAUUGACCGAAAACCUUUUCAGGCAGUGUUUAAAUUGAGUGCUGUGGAAGGGUGUGUUAAGAUUCAAGUAAAAAGACAGCUGAGAGAAACAAAAGACAAGAAUAUUGAAAGCUCUCUUAAAAAACAGCCGUCCUGUCAUGAAAGUUCAGAAAGCUGUAUAAGGAAAAAAAACACCAUAAGGGAAGAUGUAUUAAGUGCAAGAUUUUAUGACUUGCAGGUGAUACAUAGAAUCUCUCCAUACAGUAAAGUGAGAGGAAAGAAAAAUGCAGCAAUAAAGAUAAAUAAGCCUCGAAGAUCAAAUCAGUGUGCCAGUCAUUGCUACAGAAAUUUUUUCUCCAAUAUGUUUUCUUCUAGUAGUCCCACUGGAGAAUCUUCUUUUACCUAUAGAGCUUACUGUACAGAAUUUAUAGAAGUCAGUGAAAUCAGUGCAUUGAUUAGGCAGAAGAGACAGGAACUGGAAUUGUCAUGGUUUCCUGAUGCACUGCCUGGAAUUGGAAGAAUUGGUUUUAUACCUUGGGAUAUUGAAACAGAAGUUCUUCCUCUCAUUUCUUCUGUGUUGCCACGAACUAUUUUUCCAACAAGUACCGUAUCUUUAGAAAAUUUUGGUACUUCUUUCAAGGGAUGCACGUUGACACAUACCCAGGAAGGAGAAGAAAAGAAGCAGACUUCUAGCACAUCAAAUACUAGAGGAUCAAGACGAAAACCUGCAACAGCAACUCCUACAAGAAGAUCUACACGUAAUACAAGAGCUGAGACUGUCAGUCAGUCUCAGAGAUCCCCAGUAUCAAGUAAUUCUGGGUGUGAUGCCCCAGGUAAUAGUAACCCUUCUGUAAGUGUUUCCUCUCCAGCUGAGUCAGAAAAGCAAAGACAAGCUCCAAAACGGAAGCCUGUAAGAAGAGGAAGAAAACCACCUAUACUGAAAAAGAAACUCCGGAGUUCUAUACCUCCCCCUGAAAAAUCAUCUUCUAGUGAUUCAGUAGAGGAAGAAACAGCAGAAUCUGACACACCACCUGUGUUAGAGAAAGAGCAGCAAUCAGAUGUAGAAAGUAGUGACAUUUGUUCUUUGCAGACAGAUGUAGAAAAUCAGUCUGCUAAUUGUUUGAAAAGCUACAGUGAACAAAUAAAAGAAAGUGAGGAAUGUAGCAAGAAUCAUGAUGUAGAGGAAAAGGAACCUUUGUAUUCUGAAUCUACUCAAGAUCUUCCUGUGCUAGUUGGAGAGGAGAAAGAAAAUAAACUUGAGAGUUCAGGUAUAGAAGGUAAAGUUUUGUGUUUAGAAAGUGAGCUUUCUAAAGAUAUUUUUGAAAAAGGAAGUGAUCCUUUGGAAAAUCAAGACCAGRUAUCUGAAUCUUCAGAAUCAGAGGUAAAAGUAGUUGUAGGUUCAGAUCAUUCUCCAAAUGAUUUUCUUAAAUGUUCAAGAUCUGAAACUGAAAUACACCAAUCUGUGUCUAGUCUCCAUCUAGAUGAGAAACUUGAGAAUGCAGAGUCAGUGGUUAAUAAAGGCAUAGUAGAAAGUCCUGUAGUAGUAAUUAUUGAUCAUAAUGAUUAUUCAGUAAAAACAGAAGAGAUUGUAGUGAACCCAAAGUUAGAAUCUUCUGAUGGUGAAAUUAUACAAACAGCAGACAGCAAAUCUUUUGAGAGCACAGAGAUUCAGUUACUCAGGCAUGUUGAAACUGGUGAUGCAGUAAUAGCUGCAACAUGUGAUACUUCACAAAAUGAAAAUUCAGGUAGUAUUAAAGACUCUGAAAAUAAUUUAUUAAAAAAUGACGUUAACACCAAAUCAGACAAAUCUUUAGAAGAAAAUACUGAAUCUCUUGUUGAACAUCCUACAUCUCCAGAAUUGCCCAACACACACAUAGAACUGACCCAGAAACAUUUCGGUGAGGAUGAUAAUGAAAUGAUACCCAUGGAGUGUGAUUCAUUUUGUAGUGAUCAAAAUGAAUCUGAAAUUGAAUCAUCUGUAAAUGCUGAUACUAAACAAUUAAAUGAAACUUCUGUGGCACACUCUUCUGAAAAUAUGCCGUCUUCAGAUCCUGUUAAUGAAAAGGUUGAAACUGGAUCUCAGCCAUCUGAAAGCUCAUUAGAUAAAACAGAUAAAGCCAAAAAGCCUCGUACUCGGAGAUCACGAUUUCAUUCUCCAUCUACUACUUGGUCUCCUAACAAAGACUCUACACAAGAAAAAAAGCGGUCUCAGUCUCCAUCUCCCAAAAGAGAUACUGGAAAAGAAAGCAGGAAGUCUCGAUCACCAUCUCCUAAGAAAGAAUCUGGUAGAGGACGGAAAAAAUCUCGUUCUCAGUCCCCUAAAAAGGAUAUGACAAAAGAAAGGAGGCAUUCUCAGUCUCGGUCUCCAAAAAGAGAUAGUGCCAGGGAAGGCAGAAGAUCUGAAUCACUGUCCCCCAAAAGAGAUAUUUCUAGAGAGAACCAAAGAUCACAGUCAAGAGUGAAAGAUUCUUCCUCAAGAGAAAAAUCGAGGUCCCGGAGCAGAGAAAGAGAAAAUGAUAGAGAUGGACAGAGGAGAGAUCGUGAUAGAGAAAGAAGAACUAGACGGUGGUCCAGGUCCAGAUCUCGUUCUAGGUCACCAUUACGGUCUAGAACAAAAAGUAAAAGUUCAUCAUUUGGUAGAAAUGAAAGAGAUAGCUACUCUCCCCGGUGGAAGGAAAGGUGGACAAAUGAUGGUUGGAAAUGUCCACGAGGAAAUGAUCGGUACAGAAGGAAUGACCCAGAGAAGCAGAAUGAAAAUACUAGAAAAGAAAAAAGUGAUAUCAGUUCAGAUGCUGAUGAUCCAAAUUCUGACAAACAUAGAAAUGACUGUCCCAGUUGGGUAACCGAAAAAAUUAAUUCUGGGCCUGAUCCAAGGACCAGAAAUUCAGAAAAAUUGAAAGAUUCCCACUGGGAAGAAAAUAGAAAUGAAAAUUCAGGGAAUUCUUGGAAUAAAAACUUUGGUUCAGGUUGGAUGUCUAACCGUGGUAGAGGUAACCGUGGCAGAGGCACUUACAGAGGUAGUUUUGCCUACACAGAUCAGAAUGAAAAUAGGUGGCAAAACCGAAAACCCCUCUCAGGGAAUUCAAAUAGUUCAGGGAAUGAUUCUUUCAAGUACAUGGAACAGCCACCCUAUAAGCGGAAAAAUGAACAAGAGUUCUCAUUUGAUACACCAGCUGAUAGAUCAGGGUGGACAUCUGCAUCUAGUUGGGCUGUGAGAAAGACUCUGCCAGCAGAUGUACAAAACUAUUAUUCACGACGAGGGAGGAAUUCUUCAGGUCCACAGUCUGGAUGGAUGAGACAAGAAGAGGAAACAACUGAACAGGAUUCUAACCUAAAAGACCAAACAAAUCAAGAAGUUGAUGGUUCUCAGCUACCUAUAAAUAUGAUGCAACCACAAAUGAACGUAAUGCAACAACAAAUGAGUGCACACCAGCCUAUGAAUAUCUUCCCAUAUCCAAUGGGUGUUCAUGCCCCUUUGAUGAACAUCCAACGCAAUCCAUUUAACAUUCAUCCCCAGCUACCCUUGCAUCUCCACACAGGAGUGCCUCUCAUGCAAGUAGCUGCUCCUACCAGUGUAACUCAGGGACUGCCACCACCACCACCCCCUCCCCCUCCAUCUCAACAAGUCAGCUACAUUGCUUCACAGCCAGAUGGAAAGCAGCUGCAGGGUAUUCCUAGUGCUUCUCAUGUAGGUAAUAACAUGAGUACACCAGUCUUGCCUGCUCCGACAGCAGCCCCAGGAAAUAUGGGAACAGUUCAGGGACCAAGUUCUGGUAAUACUUCGUCAUCAAGUCACAGCAAAGCCUCUAAUGCUGCUGUAAAAUUGGCAGAAAGCAAAGUAAGUGUUACAGUGGAAGCCAGCGCAGAUAGCUCGAAGACAGACAAGAAAUUGCAAAUUCAAGAAAAAGCAGCACAAGAGGUAAAAUUGGCUAUUAAACCAUUUUACCAAAAUAAAGAUAUCACCAAGGAAGAAUAUAAAGAGAUUGUACGGAAAGCAGUAGAUAAAGUUUGUCAUAGUAAGAGUGGAGAAGUAAAUUCUACUAAAGUGGCAAAUCUGGUAAAAGCCUAUGUAGACAAAUACAAAUAUUCACGGAAGGGGAGCCAAAAGAAAACUCUGGAGGAACCCGUGUCUACUGAAAAAAACAUAGGCUGAAAUGGGGAGCGCUAUAAAGGACAUUAUCAAGAUAUCUGCAAAGUGCAAUUUCAACAUGUACCAUUAACUGAAAAUCAUACAUAACUGUGAUUGAAAUUUGGUUUUGAUAAAAUUAUUUUUUUUAAUGUAGGAUAUAAUGUUUUGUUCUAAAUAAAUAUAGUUCUGCACUGCAACUUAUAUCCAACCCCCAAACCCAAAUAAAGCAAAUUCAAGGGAGAGGAAAGGGUUUAACGAAUGUGCAUUUUUAUUAGGAUUGUGUUAUAGUGUGGAUACUGGAAGAUGUACAGUUUUUUGAUUAGAAUAAUGGAGUGCAUAAUUUAGAAAUUUCUAAGUGCAUUGGUUUUGGAAGAGAUAUAUAUAUAAUACAUUUAUUCUGUCAGACUAAAAAAUAAAAUAUGAUCUUUAUGACUUUCCCCCUUACUUAUAGAAAGUUAAAUAAUGUAUUACCAUGAAAAAUAUUUCUAAUAUCAAACAGAACAUACCAAUUGCAGGGUUCCUAAUGUGUAUUUUUAAAGCACAUAUCUGAAUAAAUUGCUUAGAUAGAAACAAAUUAUCACAUACGUAAAAUUUAGUGUUCAAAACUUUGAGACACUCUUUUAUCUGUUGUAUCACCAAAUAAAGGUUAUGCUGCUUGUUUUUCUUUUGUGCCUUUUUUCUUCUCCAGUUGAGAUAAAGCAGUUUGAUUUGUUAGGUACAAUUUUGGCAGUUCCAAGUCUUUGUUGAAUUUAGAAGACCAAUUUGGAAAAAAGUGUUGAUUUUAUAGAAAUUAUGUUUCUUCAUAAUAUCUUCUACCCAUCAGAGAUGAUAAAUUAUUUGUGCCAACUGGAGAAUUGCUGUUAAGUGGUGACCCCCCCCCCCUUUCUUUGGGACAAAGGUAGAAUUAUAAAAUUCACUUGCUAGCUUCAGGUUGUGCUCAUUUGUCUAAUCACUGAUAAAAUUCUUUUCACAUUUAAGAAAUCCUCAAAUGCUUUAUAGUGAAUGAAGUGUUGAUUUAUUAGGUGAUCAUAUAAUGGCUAUUAGCCAUGUUGCAAAAUUGUAAACAUUGAAAUCUGUGAAGAGGAAGAGGCAAUGAAGCAAUGGAGUUUUGAUUAGCCUUUCAGGGACUAGUAAUUUUGUAACUCUUUUUUUAAAGUACUAGAUUAUGUUAAUUUUUUUUAAAAGGUAAGUUUAAAAUGUUUAUAAUGCCAUUAUUUUAAUUGGCAUCUUCAAAGAAAAAAUGGCUUCUUUCUGUGAUAAACUGUCUUUCAUUCCAGUAACAAUUUUCAGUAGAUACCAAAUAUUUGGGAAAUAGGUUAGUGGACCCAAGGUAAAUGUAUGCCUCUAGUGAGACCUUUUACUAGCUAAACUAGUGAGAGCAAUACUCUGUAGAACUGUGUUUUUCUAAAGUAAAGAUGAUCUGUUUCUCAGUUUUUUGUGCAUAAUACUUUCCUGGUGCUAGCUUUGAUAGGCAAAAUAUUUUGAAAUGUUGGUCCUCAUAGUGAUUGUGCUAGUUAGUAAUACGUUUUGCUAGGUUAUGAUUGUAAUCCUAAAAAUAUUUCCAAGCAGUUUUCGAUCUUCAUUCUACAUUUCUGGGCAUUUGUAAUAUAGUAUUUUAAUUACAUAUAUAUUUUUAAUUCAAGUUUGUGUUUAGAUUACGAUGGGGAAAGAAGUUUAGAAGUAUUUCUUCUAAUAAAAUAUUAAGACAGUUUCAAAUAUCAAUGCACACCUCCUCAGUUUCAGUUUAGAACUUUGUCAAACAAUAGUGUGAUCUUGCAACUGAGUUCACACUGAAAAUUUUGUGGCAAAUUGUUGUGCCUGAGCUGGUUAAGUCAUGCAAUGCGUGCUUUCCCUGCAUUUUAUCUCAGUGACGUUUGGGGUUUGGGUUACAUUUUUAUAAUUUGCUUUAUACCAUUGGACUUUUGCAGACAAGUGAAAUGAAGUUUUGAAGAAAGAUUUAGGUGAUGUGGGRAAAAGCUAAAGCCUCAUACCUUUGGUGGAAUUCUCAUGAGGUAUUUCCACCUUUCUUGAAAAUAACUCAUGUGUGUUCCAAAUCUGGUUGGGGCACUAAUUGACUGCAUUUAAAAUAAGGAAGAAUGUUACUGGAUGAGAAUUUAAACUUAAAAUUUUGAAAUGUUUUUAGAUUGAAUUAGAAAAUGUGUGCUGUGUGUUAAAAGAUACACAUUUCUUGAACAUUUCCCAUUAUUUUUUUUCAGAAAUUCACAUUAAUUUUGCAUGUGCAUAGGCUUAAUAAAAGACAGUUUAUGGGGUUAUAGAUUCCUUUUUUUUGUUUGUGUUUUAAAAAUCAAGAUUAUUGUUGUCUUGACUUUUGGGACCUUGGUCCCUGUUACUUAGAGUCAGAGUGACUGAUGUUUUAGGCUAUAGAGAUCUCGCCUAGAAUUUUGAGACUAAUAGUGGUUAUUCAUUAUUUUAACAUUCCAAAAGUUUUGUGAUUUUGUUGUUGUUCUGGUAUUACCACAUUUUCUCCAUUACCUUCCUUUAAAUAGCCACACUGUGUACUGCUUGAAUGUUCCAUCUAAAAGAUGUUGCUUCAGAAGCACAGUGUUUGCCCCAGGGUCUGAAACAUUGUAGUACGAGGUUGGAGUGCUGUCUGCCGAAACAAUACUCUUUAACAAAUAUGUAGUGUGUAAUAUUUUCUAAUAAAUU